AUGGCGCCACCCGCCCGUCCGGCCCCGCGGGUCAAGGAGCGGAACUCUCUCUGUCUGCCUGAGCAAGAGACAGACUUUGGUGUUUCUCCGCGUUUUCUCGAGGAAGCGAGCACGAUUGUUCCUUUGCCUUCGUCCUGCUCGUUCAGCCCCCGCUCCAGCCACCUGACUGCCAGCGCAGAAGCUGCGCUGCCCUACUACGUCUCCCUGGGCCCUUUCUCGCUUUUUCAACCUUCCACCCCUUCGCUCUCGCUGCAGCAGGCGGCCAUCUCUUCUCUCUGCACUGGCUGCUACGUGUUCCUUCUGGGCGCCGCCUUCCGGUUCACCUUCGAUUCCCCGCUGCCCAUGCAGACAGGGCAGCCGCCGAAGGACGCCAAGCUCGACGACUUGCCUUCCUCUUCGUCCCCUGCCUCGGAGAGCUCGCUGCCUCUGCCUUCUCUUCUCGCGCUUUGCAUUCGACUUUUCUAUCACGAGGCGCCGUUUUUGCUCAUCUUCCCCCUCUCCGUUGUGUGGAUCUUGAGCGGGGUCAGCGCAGGCCUCACGACGCUCUAUCUACGUCGCACCCGCGGAGGCUUUAUGCUCGCGCCGACGCUCCUCGACGUUCGCUUCCCCCGCCACGCGAGUCUCGUUCGAGACAACGACGGCCGACGGCGGAGUGAGGCCCCAUUUUCGUUUCUGUCCUCCUCACGGACGGCUUCUAAAUUAGACACGCAGAAUGCGGCUGGCGCCGAGGGAGAGGCUUUCGGCCGGCGAGCCGCCGCAGGAGAUGAAAAGACUCCGGAUUCUCACGACCUGAGAGGGCCCUCGCAUGCGUCUGCACCCGCGCUCCAGGGCAGAGGCGGGACGUCGUAUGUGCCCCCGCCGUUUCGCCAGACUCAAUCGGACCCCAGCGACAAGCUCGAAGAGUCUGGCAGCUGUGCCACGCCGGCGAUCUGCGACGCAUGUUCUGCUGCCUCGUCGCCCUCGCCUCUCCCCUCUGUAGUGCGUCGCGCACGGCCUUCCAUGUCGUCCUCCGUCGCAUGUUCCGUCACUUCGCUCGCCUCUAGACAGCCGUCGUCUUCGUCCCUGCCGCCCUGUCUGCCCGGCUCCGGGCCCAGUCGCUCCUUCGCGUCAUGUUCCUCGUCGUGCGCCUCCUCGCCGAUGGCUGAUAUGCCCGCAGUCGACGCCCGCGGCGCGCGGGACCGACCGGCGCGCGUGCGGGCGCCAGCAGGGCCCGUGCCGCCAGAGGGGAGCACAGCUGGGGCCCCCGGCCGGUCUGAGAGGGCCCCGGGGGCAGGCGACCCGCACGGCUUGGACGUCAUACAGUCUCCAGCGCUGGCGCCCUCACAGCGAGAGCGCGGUCCUUCGUUCUUCGGCCAAGGCACGAUUUGCAGCAUGUCUUCCCUCGUGCGAAGCAGACAAGAGAGUUUCUUUGGAGGAGACUCUGUCGGGGGUUUGUCGCCGGGUGCAAGCCACUGCGAGGCCCACGAGGGGUCGUCCGCCGCCGGCCUCUCCUUCCCUUCCUCCUGUUCGUCGCUGUUCGGCGCCUCUGUCGAGAGAGGCAAGGGGGGCGGGUGGAAGCUUCGGUCCAGCGAGGGUGGCGGAGGGGCGCGAGUCCGCGGCAACGGGCGAUACGCUCCUGAAGGUCGUCGUGAAGCUACCAGACGCCGGGAGUAUGCGCAGCCGCCGGCUCUCGUCGCGUCCACGUGGCUGAGAACGCAGCUGACCGGCCUCUACGCUGCCCUCUCGUCUCGCGGACUGCCGUCCUUGCGCGACCGACUGACUGGGUGCACGGCUGCCCCGCUGCUCAGUCGCCUCCGUUCUCCCUCGGGAUUUUCCAUGGCGGUUUGUGCCAGCCUCUUUGCCUGUCUUCAAGAGCUCUUUCUGCUUCUCGCUCUUCGAGCCGAAGGCUGGAAACGCUUCGAUAUGUGGCCUGUCGUCACUUCGGUGGCCUACGCAGAACUGCCGCUCCUCGCAUUGCUCGCAUCGGUCUUCAGGGGCUCGUGGCGCCCCUGCCUUUCGGCGUCGCGUGGCGCAGGCUUGUUUCUCCUCGUAGCUGCAAACUUUUUUUUCUGUUUAUCAGCUCUGUUGCCUUCGCCUGUGAAGGUGCUUCGCGACGGCUCGCCUCUGACUCUAUCCAACUCGUCCGUCUUACUGCUGACGUCGGAGCCUUCUGCAACUCCGGUGGAGAUGGCGUCGCUCUCUGCGUUAUCGCCUCGCCUCUCCUUGACGCCUUCUGGCUUCCUGUCGGCGACGCGUGCUUCACCCUCGCGCCCGGCGUCGGCUCGCGACGCCUCAGGCGUUUCAUCGUCUUCGGCUAUGGCCGCCCUGCUGGGGAAUCGUUCGUCUGCUGCGUCUGCCUCCGCAUCUCCCACUUCCUCUGGCAUGAACUCGCCAGUUGUUGCAUCUUCUUUUACUUCUGCCUCCUCGUUCCCCUCUUCUCGCCUUCGUCACUUUCUGUCAUCACCCCCUUCACCUUUGUCGGGGCCUCCUGCGCCUCCAACCGGCGGCCUCUCGCCGUCCUCUCUUUCGCCGUCUGCGGCCUCUUCACAACUACCGUCUGGUGCAGCCGCUUUAGGCUUGCCAGCUCCGCUAUCUGUGGGAAAUCUUUCUGAGCUGCCACGUGGCGUGACGCUGAGUCACACGAAGGUCUUCUCUCGACGCGACCUGGAGAGUUUGCUGAGCAACCCGCUUGACCAGAUCGGUGCCGCAGCGGCAUCCUUUAUUCCGACAGCGGACGUCGCCCCCGGUGAAGGCGAAAUACCUGGCACAGAGACGGACAUGAGCGAUAUGGGGGGUGGAGGUGCAAGCCUGCGACGCGGCCGGCAGCGUAGAGAAGACACGAAUUCGCGUGGCAAGCCGGACGCGGCAUGUGCGUCGUCUCGCUCUAACGCCGCCCAAAGCGGCGACGCACAGCACCACAACCUUGAGAGUCACGCCGUCGCCAUUGUUUUGGCCGUCGGCGCCCUAGGCUGUUCUCUCCUGGCCAGUCUCUCCCUUGCGCAAGCGCUUCACUCGGGGCUAUCCGUGGUGACCGCGUGCGUUCUCCGCUUUUUCACCCAGGGCGUCGUAGGCGGCCUUGGGCUCGUUUACGGCCUGGUCUGGGGCAGCCUCGUGAACGGCGAGGGGCUCUCGGAUGCCACAAGCCUCGCGUCCCCUCUGGCAGCGAGUUUUGCAUGUAUCGGUGCGGGCGUGCUUGGCGUCGGGGCUGCGGUCACGUUCUCAAAGAGUGUGGCGCUAUCCUCGCUCAUGUUGAGCAGCGAUAUCCGCGGUCUCUGCUGGACAUUCGUCGCCUUCCUCGUCCUCGUCGUGUACCACGCGUCGCUUUCGGUCGCUGUUUCGCUUCCUCUGUUGCUCGCGCUGGUGGGGUCCGCUCUGUUUUGGUGGGGGAGCAUGCGCAUGCAGUUCUGCAGCGAGACGACGAGGUAUCGCCUCGUGGUACCCGGAAACUUGGGAUAUCCGGGGUCUGGGGGCGCCCGGAUCGAGAGCGGUUUCUCCGGGUCUCUGGGCGACGGCCUGCUGAAAGACAACACGCCUGAGGGCGACGCACAACACGAACGAAGAAGCGACGCGGCUGAUCACCCGCGCAGGGAUGAUCACUCCUUCGCCUACGACGCCGCCGAUGACGACGAGGAGCAAGGCUGGUAUAGGCGUGUCUCGUCGCGGCAAGCGGAGGAGUGCAAGCAAACAGAGGAGUCGCUCCGGUACUGCACAGAAGACCUGGAAGACAACGACGAUUCAGCCAUUGAGCGCUGCGACACCUGCAGCGAACCGCUGAAGGAGGACGUGCUGCUAGUGCGCACGCGCUCCCGCGUGCCGGUCGGUUUGUCGGGCGACCCCGGACGUCUAGCCGUUCUCGAUGAGAGUGCGUGUUGCGAAGAGCCGGACGACGAGUGCGACGAAUUGUCUCCGUGA